UGGUUUACCUUAUGGUUGGUCCUAUGCGGUUACCAACCAUACAGGAGAUGGGCGUCUUCAAAAUAUAUUAUGUAUGUAUGGUCGGUUACCAACCAUACAGGAAUUGGCUCCUGGAAGAUGA